AUGGAUUUGGAAACAGCACGUGCCAAUUAUCCAAACAGACUAGAGAGGUUAGAAGAAGAACGUCUUAUGGACAUGCCUUUCGAUGUUAGUGAACCUCAAGUUGAAGGACACGACGGCUUUGCCAGAUUCUACUGGAAACAUGACGAACAAUUGCAUCCUUUGAGAAGGAAAAAAGGAAAAGGUGAAGACGCACAUGCUCCCAUGGAAAGAACAAGAUAUGCAUAUGAAAAGUAUCGUGAAGUUAGAAGUCAAAUUACAUCUGGUCGAACCUUUACAGUAAACUUUGACGAAGGAAAGAACAAAGAAGGCUUCAUGGGAGUACUUGCUGCAAUUCAAGACGGAAAUAAGAAAGGACACAAUCUCAGAUUGACCAUAACAGAUUUGGAUGGUCACAUUUACUAUGCACAUGGCAAUGAACAAACAGCCGCAAAACUUCUUGACGCUUUCAAGACUACAAAGAGAGAACAAAUGGUUGACUCCGACUCAGACAUUUUGAAUGCAAUUGAAGGAAUUGCAAGUGUCAAGUUCGAAUGGUACCAACCUAACCCUCAAGCAGUCAGACAACAUGCUGGAUACUUCCCCUUCAUAAAUAAGUCUGACAUUGACUUGACAAGGUAUGGAAUUUACAAUUCAAUUGAAACAAUUGUCAAUGAACCUUGCAUUCUUACAUGUCUCAGGAACUCUGGUCUUGUUACAGAUGAGAAGAUGAAGUAUCUUGAGUCAUGUGUGAAGACAAGGUACAUUCUCAGAGGUCAAUUGGCAAAAAUUGCACCGUUGGCAAAUGUCAAUAUCCGAGUCAACAUACCUACAGCUAAAGGUUCUUCACAUGACGACUAUGUUGUUGACAAAGACUUACCAUGGUUGAAGAUUGUAAUUGUCCACAACCACUUCAUGUUGAACGAAAGUCUUACAAACCCAUUCUUUGGUAAAAGUAAGUGCAACAUUGUCAGAGCUGUCAACAUUCUUUUCAAGAAAGG